AUGGCUGAAAAACGGAAACAUACUUUUGUUUCAAUGCAACAGAAACUGGCAAUUCUAGAGCGGUUGGAUAAGGGCGAAUCCGUCCAGAGUAUUUGUAGAGAGUUUAAGGUCGGCAAGAGUACGGUUAAUGACUGGCGUCGGAACCGGAAAUCAAUAGAAACAUUUUGCACGCAAAUCGAAGGUGAAAAAGUUUUGUCUAACCGUUGUACUUUAAUAAAGCCUAAACUAGAACAAGUUGAUGAUGCUUUGUGGCUGUGGUUCAUGCAGGAGCGUAGGCGAGGCACACCAAUAAGCGGUCCAAUUUUAAAGGAGAAGGCGAUGAUUCUUCACAAGAAACUAGAAGGAAAUGACACGUUCACAGCAAGUGAUGGCUGGCUAUCAAGGUAG